AUGGACAGUAAUUCCAAUUCGUUUCAUCAAUCGUCGUAUAAUUGUUCGUCACCAGACUCGGAAUCCAACUCGAAUCAGGAUCUUUUGAACAGUUCAGCGUUGGAGGAGCAAAUCCGUCAGUCCAAUAACCAGAUUGGGACGGUCAUCCUGUACGGUGUUCCGAUCGUCUCGUUGAUGAUGGAAACCAAAGAGCGACUGUGUCUAGCACAAAUAUCAUCGACGCUGCUGAAAGACUAUUCUUACAAUGAAAUUCACAAUCGGCGUGUAGCUUUGGGUAUCACUUGCGCUCAAUGUACACCAGUCCAGUUAGAACUGUUGAGACGGGCGGGAGCUAUGCCUGUCACUUCACGCCGAUGCGGAAUGAUCACUCGCCGUGAAGCCGAACGUCUCUGCAAAUCUUUUCUCGGUGAUCACAGCCCACCGAAAUUACCGGAAAAUUUUGCAUUCGACGUCAGUCACUGCUGUGCAUGGGGUUGUCGGGGUGCGUUUCUUCCAUCUCGAUACAAUUCCUCACGAGCCAAAUGCAUCAAAUGUUUCUACUGCAGUCUAUUCUUCUCACCCAACAAAUUCAUUUUCCACUCGCAUCGAAGUCUCCCCGACGCUAAAUACAUCCAACCAGACGCCGCCAAUUUCAAUUCGUGGCGGAGACACAUCCAUUUAACUGGAUCACCACCGGAUCAAGUGAUGUUUGCCUGGGAAGAUGUCAAAGCCAUGUUCAACGGAGGCAGCCGGAAGCGAGUCGCCAGCGGAAGUGGAAAUAACGCAGGAUCCGUCGUCACCAGCACGUCGAAUAAUCAAAGUGGUCCCAGUGCGGAAGCCUCCGCCAAAUCCAGCCAAGAAGUUGUUGUACCUGCCGCCAAAGUCACCAAAACUACCAAAAAUCCCUGUCACAGCAAGAGGCCGAAAUUCGAUGGCGGCCAGCAGCAGCAUCUGCCUAAAAUUCGAACACCAGAAAACCUUCCAGCGGCGGUGGCGACAACGUCCAGCACUUCCAGCAGCCCGCCCGUUCCGCUCAUCCCUGCACCUUCUCCAUUGACUCCACAAAUCUACCACCAUCCAGCUCAGUCCCAAUCAUUGCUUGCCCGUUUGAAUUCCAUCAUGCCAACGGCCGCUGCUGGAUCACUGCUGGCCAAUAAACCGGCAACCGAUCCAGCACCCACUCAGGAUUACAGCAUGACCAUGUGGAACGCCACGGGGAGCGGACGCUUUUGGUCGCCCUAUUUGAACCCACUUCCGUUCAAUCCCUACAGUUAUUACAAUUACCUAAUGAACAAAUCGGAUCAAUUCUCGUUGAUGAUGAACCAUUCCGGCAGCAGCGGGUGGCAGCAACUCGUAACCAACAAACCCCGGAUCAAUCCAGCCAGCAUCUCCAUCAUCGCCAGCAAUAACUCUGCACCCCAGAAAAGUGGAAUGGACGACACACACUCCAAAUCCCAUCAACCGAAUAAUAAUUCCCCGACCGAAGAGGAGGAAGCCGAGGCUUUCGUCGACGUCGAAUCCACCGAUCCAGCCCUUGAGAAUAAUUAGUUUUGAUUCAAUUAUUUCCAAUUUAGACCUUAAUCUGUAUUUGUAUAGGCGUGUGUGUCAUAUGUCCUCUUAUAUAUCAGCGAUCUAGUCACCCAUGUUUGACUUUUCUGUUAAUAGCAAGGUGAAACGUAAUCAAAGCUUACACAUUGUUAUAUAUAGAGUUGAUGUUUCUC